AUGGCCAACCUCAUAAACCGGCACCCUGACCUCGCACUGCACCUCAGCGACCGCACCCUGACGCCCCUCGUCACAUCAGCCCGCGACCAGCAGCAACACGAUGCCCUCGCCUCGCUCUCCCACGCUGCUUUCCAUGCCCACCAGACUGCCCAGCGUCUCGGCUUCGGCAAGCCAAAACGCAUCAUUGUCGAGCACGCCAACAAUGGCCCGCUGGUCCUGCAGACGUUCGUAGCCGCCGAGCCUGUCAGGCAGCUGCCUCUCCCUGCCUCGCCGUCAGCACACAAUUCCACUGCCGCCUCUGGCCUGAUCACACCGCAGCACGGCGGACCAGCUGGUGGCCGCUCGCCAAAUACCCACACCACAACCCCAAGCUCGCGCGGCACUUCGACCCCAGUAGCAGGCACAUCGACCAAUGGCGCUGUUGUUCCAUUCGACUCUCCUGGCAGUGGCAUUUCGCCGCGGCAAACACACCGGAUUGCAACAGCUGGGGGUCUGGGGGAUUACAUUCAGCCUGGAGAGGGAGACGCGGGCACCAUGCCAAUACAUCACGAGCUCACCCUCUCGAUGCCUGGUCUCAUUUCUAUCGAUGACGAUGACGAUCUUGACGAGGAGGAAGACGCAAACUCACCGCCAAUGCUGCUAGGUAUCGUGGUGGCGAGCUCAGCCGAAUCAACAUCGAAUGCCAGACGUGCCGCAGCCGGACUCGAGCGUGUCGCCAGAAUUGUGCAGGCGCAGUGGACAGAAGGCUGA